AGAAAGUGCGUUAACCCCUGGCCGUAGUAUUUACCUGGAGUGUACACCGGGUAGAUGAAAAGAUGUGAAAACUCUCAGUAAAAGUGAAAGUCGUUUAUCUCAUAGUUUUCCGCAUCCGCAACCAGUUCAGUCGUGAACUUCGUGAUGGGAAGCUGUAGGUUGUGUUCCGGAGAGUCUCCGAAAAAUAAACGUCUCGAUGAUCGUCCUUUCCGGGAAAAAGUUCUGGACAUCAUCUGCAUGUGGAUCGAUGUCGAUGACCGACAUCUGUCGAUGAAUGUUUGUGAUUCGUGCUUCGAUAUAGUGGAAAAGUUUUACCUAUUUAAGAGAAAAUGUCGUUUGUUUCAAACUAAGGAUAGGGAAGUAAAUCCCCCGGAAGAAAAGACUUCUAUACCGGAAGCUGUUUUGAACGGAGAAUUUGAAGUAAUCGCUGAAAACCUCAAAGUACCCAACGAAGAUUCUUCUGAAGACGAAAACAAUUCAGAAGACGAAUACUUCAAGAGUCUUCCUCCUCUGAAGAAGAAAAAGAAGUACCCUUAUAAGAAAUCCACCAAACCCCCCGUCCUCAAUGAAAACGGCGAAAGGGUCAUCGUUCCCCGUCCAUGGGCACGAAAAUUCAAGGAAGCUGUCGAUCUUCCUCCACAAGAAUAUCGCGAGUACGUCCAGACUAAAAAACCGCCAAAGAAACAAAGCGUAGUUUGUGAAAUAUGCGGGCGGACCGUCGAUUGCUGCCGGAUCGAUGGCCACCGGAAUCGGCACCUGGGGCUGGAACCGUACGAGUGCCAGAUAUGCGGAGACAAGUUCAACUGCAAAUACAACCUGAAGUCGCACCACCGACGCAAUCACGUCGAGGGUCAGGAGUGUCCGUGUUCCGUGUGCGGGAAGGUGUUUGGUAGCCGGCCGGCGAUGGUGUCCCACAUGAAGAACGUGCACGGGGAGAGGAAGUACGCGUGCACGCUCUGUCCGCUGAAAUUCCACAAGAAAACGACUCUGGCGUACCACCUGAGAAUCCACAACCAGACGCGUGACUUCAAGUGUCCCGAGUGUGGUAAAGGAUUCUACUGCAAGUCCGUGUGGAACAUUCACAUGCGAACGCACAGCGGCGAGGCACCGUACCGCUGUAGCGUGUGUGAGGCGGCCUACGUCCACCGGAACAUGUACGUGGCGCACAUGAAGAAGAACCAUCCGGGCGUGCCGCUCAUGGUUCUGAGUGGCAAGAGGGCAAUGAAAGAGGCACUGCUCAAAAAGGGCGUCGAAGGUGUCAAAGUUUGAAGGUAAGAGUUCGUUUCAUAUGAUAUCAGCAAAUAUCGAUACGUUGUUAUGAACAAUUUCAGACUUUUUUGUUCCGCAUUGAAGAAGUAUGAAAUGCAAUGUUAUUUAUUUUGAUACAUAAUUGGUAGGUGUUUAUACAAAGCUAGUUUUACGAUAUGCACUUUUAUCUUUCCUUUCAAAUCACGAACAUAAAUACCUAGAUUUGCAUACUAUUCUAUAAACGUGCUGAUGUUUAUCAAUAUUUUAUUCAAGUUUUGAAGAUGCCUUAUUUUUACAUACAAUUGUGAAGGUUUGUUUUACAUAGCCAGAAACGAACUGUAAAAAACUGUAGCCAAUAGAAAGCCACUAUUUCCGUGAAAAAUGAGA